CUCCCUGAUUGACCUCCUUCUCCUCCUCCCUCUUCGCAACGUCUUUUCUUUCGCGCGGGCCCGCGUCUGCUUGCAAUCCGCCGUGUUCCCUCACUCAGGCGCGCUUUCGGCGCGGCGCGACAAGGUUAAGAGCUGGUGCUAAAUAAGCUGCGCCAAGACGGUGGAGAGGCGUGGAGCCGUCAUUUUCUCCCACAGGCAUCAUCGACAAUCACCAACUGCUCAACCACCGCUGCAGAACCCCAAUUCCACCCUCCAUCCGCCGCAUUCACCUCGCCACAUCUCUCAUCGCCGACACUUCUCUAACCCCCGUCGCCAUCCUGGGGCUCUCGCUACUUUCUCGUCCCCCCAACCGUUCGUGUCCGCCCCGCCCAGCUCUGCCGACAAUUCACCCUCUCCCCAUUCCCUCCUAAGAGCUUCCCCCCAGCUUAACAACCACCGACCCAACUCCGCAUCUACAUCCUCACCCAUCUACCAACAUGGCUCCACCCAGACAGAGACAGAGGACGACCCUGGCCCGGCGCCGGAGAAGGGAUGAAGAUGGAGAUGAUGUGUCGGUGGCAACGGAUGUGGCAGAUGACUCUCAGAGUGACGUCUCGUUACCCAGUGAUGUCGACGAGGAUGCGGAUGCGGACAACAGCGAUUUGAGUGAAGUGGAAAGUCCCCCGUCUGGGACGGAAAACAAGAGGCACGGUACUAGCAAUGGCUCACCGCGAGCUGGUAAGCAACGGCCCGGCGUCACGAAACGGAGGGUCCCGUCACCGCCAAUUGCUCGAUCCGACGUUGUGUUUACGGCAUCAAGGAACACGGAGCUAAUGAGGAAUGGACUCGGUGUUGUGGGCAAAGGGGAUGAUGACGAGGUGGUCGACUUUGAAACGGGCGCCCCGGCUGUCGACCCUCAGCCUGCUGCUAGGAGACCGGAGAUUCUCGCAGAGCGUAGGCGGCGUGAGCACGAGGAGUACAAGAAGAAGCGGGAUGCAGACCCGGCCUUCAUACCGACCCGUGGUGCUUUCUUCAUGCAUGAUCAGCGGUCCUCACAAGGUCAGGGUGGGUUCAGGCAUUUCAACGGCGGGCGUGGUGGGGGCAUCAAGGGGGCACAGAUCGGUGGCCCAUACUCCCCAGCGAACGCCAGAAUGCAGUCCGAAGCGACAGACGCUCCUUGGCAGCAUGACCUCCACGAAACGCUCACAGACCCUCCGUCUCAACCACAACCUCAAGCCCCUCCUGAGACAGCUGCACGUGUGGAUCCUGGGUCGACUCCCUCCACUCAACAACCGCAGCAAGGUCAAGCGACCCAAAGUCAACCCUCCUCUCAACCUCGAAACUUCUCCACUACCGUUCACACCCACAAUGCUCAGGUUCGGGUCUUUCUUCCUGGGAUGGCAGUGCCCGUAUAUUUCCAGAACGUGCCGAUCAAGCAACACACGCGCCUUCCUAACCAUCGUCCUCCUCUCCGCCGCGACAAACCCGUUCGUAUCUCGCUCCCCCCAGCCCCUCCGCGGUAUAUCUUCCCCACCGUAGAGCGUUCCUUCAUCUUCAUACCUCGCGCAUUGCGGCCCAAUCAGCAAGGAUUCGGCCGUGGCCGUGGACGAGGCUUUGGGUCGUUCGGUGGAGGGAUCUCGAGCAGGCGAACAAGCGUAUACGGCGGAAGUGUCUACUCACCCAGCAUCGCGAUGAGCAGGCGGUCAUCCAUUGCCCGCGAGAUGGGCAGGGACACUCUCGUCUCGCCAGCUGGGUCUGUCUUGUCUCGAACUGGCGGCUUUGUCGAUACAUCAAGGCCUGUAGUACGCCUACCGCCUGGUCCCAGGGUGCCCGGAGCACCUCCUGUUGUUCCACCACAAGGAGUUCAGCAGCCCACGAUGUAUCCAUUGCCUCAGAAGCCCGCUUUCAGGGAGAACUGGCACGGCCAUCUUCCAAUGCAUCAACCACGUCCUCAGAAGACGGUGUCGGUAGCAGGCAUCGAGUCGCCAGCAUCUAUGACGUUCAACCCACCACCCGCGCAGGGAGAGCAGCCCUUCCAUCAGCAGGUUCCCGCGCAUCUUAAUGGGAGCGCCCCUGCGGCCGAGUACCAGCAACCCCCCGAAUACCCUCAUGCUCGCCAUCCAUCCUACCCAAGUCAAGCAUCGACCGGAACGCCUCUCUCCAACAUCCCCGAGAGAGCCAUCCACGCGCCAGCCUUCCAGCCGUAUCAACCCGGCUUCCAGCCCCAGCCUUAUGCUAUGCCUCCAGCGUACUAUUAUCCUCCGAAUGGCGCUCAACCGUACGGUAUGAUGCCCAUGCCCAUGUUCAUGCCUGGCGCAGCUCCUCAGCAACCGGGCUACGUAAUGCCCAUGCCGGCUCCUCCAGCGGCUCAAGCGCCAGCUCCACCACAGGCGCAGAAUGGCAAUGGUGGCGGUGCGGCCCAGGCUCAGGGUCAGGCCCAAGGUCCACCCAACCUCGUGCCCUACGAAUCCAACGGAAUGACAUAUUACAUGGAUCCCGCUCAAUUGCCAAUGUAUAGCGUGCAACCCAUGGAGGGAGGAUACAUGCCGCCGCAGGGCAGCUAUGCGGUUCCGGGGAUGGGAGGCAUGAUGACGCCUUCUCCCGAGGGGGCGGCGUAUUACUAUCCCGGGCAGAUGAUGGGGCAGAUGGGUGCGAUGCAGGGUGCGGCGCCCGUGUUUUAUCCCACGCAGUAGGGCGGCGUGGGUAUCGGGGUUUUGAUGUGGGGUGAGGUGGACGACUGUUACGGUGACGAUGGGGACAAGGAGGGGGGGAAGAAAGGAGGUCGAGAGGAGAGGGAUGGCAUGGAUUCAGGAGAACCCCUGGUCGUUGACGGUAGUGGUCGAUGAGGGAGGGAGGGGGAUCUUGUUGCGGUUUCAGUGAGGGUGUACGGCUUCUCGACGUGCUGGGCUGUUUUUUGUUUCUCUGCUUUUUCGUGGAUUUCAUUUUUCGGUGCAACCCCUUUUUUUCUUUUCGACUUUGGCUUUGGCUUUGACCAUGACAUUGUUGGGCAAGCAAGCAGGCAAGCAAGCAAGCGUGGGUUUUCUUCUCUUCUUCUUCUUCUAUUCGGUUCACAAGCUCUGUUUGGGGCCUUUUUUAGCGGCCCUUUUUUUCUUGAGCUUUUCGUUUUUCGUUUCACUAAUGCUGCACGGCAAAUGGGG